AUGAUUCAGAUCCCCAUGUCUUGGACAAGCGGGAUCUCAAGCCGCUGUACCUGCGCGCUGAAGAAGGAACCCCACCUAGAUCCUGUCCCGGAGACCGGCCUCCCGCCGCCUCCGCAUUCAGUUCUAUCGGAGCUGCCGAAGAAGCCUCAGUUGACCUCCACGAAGUCGGAAAGCACGCUCACCAUCUUCCGCGACGGUCACCAUAAGCCCGCGCACAAACACAACGACAUGGCGCACAAGUGUGGCUUGCCGUAUACCAUCCCCCGGUCUCAUACCAUCCAUGCGACCUCCGAUACGGCUCGCCGGUCAGUCGAUCAUCUGCCAUUGACCCAAGCGGGCUUGGUUAGCGAAGCGUUCUCCGCGCAGCAACUUCCGGGACAGCCGCCUCUUUACAAUCCUCAGCGCCGCGUCAAAUCCGAACACGGAUCGCCUGACGCUGCCCCGGUUCUGCCUUCGGAUGAUGUCCCGACAACCGUCCCCCCACUUGAUCUGUCCGCCUUCUUCCCUCACGGUCUGCAGUCUAUGGAUAAGCCCACCGAAAAUGCGGUCACACUAUCGAUGGAAAAGACACCUCUGAAUCAUGUCAUGACCAGUGUGCCACCUCUUGACGUCAAUUAUUCUUUCCCGACGACCACCGCGUCUCCCGUGAACUGCAUGGCAGUCCAAGAUCCGUAUAACGAGGCUUUCUUCACAUCAUCGGAUGGAGAUGUCGCUCUGAAUUCCACGGCAUUCAGCGCGCCACCAGUCGAUUGGUCAAGCUUCCCGCUGUACUCCUCGGACGUUCCGGCUGCGACGAGUACACAGGCGCCUUCGUACGCAAGUUUCGACUACAACGCGAUGGGACCUGGGAUUGCCGCCCCUUCUUCGUCCGGUGAUCUCUCGGAAGUCGAGGAAUACGCUCCGUUAUCCACGCUGCCGAGUGAUCUUCACGACUUGCAUAGCGGAAGCGAAGGCUCUGAUGUCGAUCAGUACCGUAUCAGCUCAGCAUCGUCGUUCAUUGGUCUCCCGCAGGCUCAACUCCUGUCGUCCAAUCACCUGGAGUCCAUCAACAUUGAUGACUUCCUCAAGUCCGCCAAUGAGUCGACAGCAGCGCUCGAGCACCAGCUUCAGGCCAAUGUCGGCAUGGAUCCCAAGCCUCUGUCUUCGCAGGAUGCUUAUGCCAUGUCGGACGCCCAGGCUUUCAAGUCUAUGACGACAGCGACCACGAGUCUCCCGAUGACGGCCUCAGCUACGGAUCCUGUUUGGCCAACGGCGCUCUUCGAUCCCAGCGCGCCUAUGGAUGAACAUAACAACUACUUCGCCUCGCCCUGGACGCAAUAA